AUGGGAGAUUCUGCACAGUCGGCGCAGUCCGUCUCGGCGCAGGCAGCUGCGCGAUGGAGACUGUUUGGCCAUUCGCGGAGUGUACCUAAAGAAGUGGACAAGUCACAAGGCUCCGACACGCAAGAUAGCAUUGGGUCACAAACGACCGAGACCUGCACGGACGCUUCGCAGCCGCAAAAAGCUGCUUUCGUUGCGAUCCCUGAUGAAGCAACAUGUAGAUCAGCAUGGGAAGGCAGAUGGGACCGAUCGCCGGAAGCUUGGCGAAAUUUUGUCUCCAUGAAUCCUAAAGUGUUCGGAAUCACAGAAACAGAAGACCAGAAAAUAAGGCAGAAAAACAAUACCUAUGUCCCCACUCCCCCGCUUUCUGGGAAUGGGGGCCUUGGCACGUCAAUGAUUAGUGGGAUUGUUGGCUCGUUCAGCAAAGUAUUGAUGACUAUGCUUAAUGACCUACAUCUCUAUCGAAUGGACUUUCUGUAUGAUGCCAUCGAGCACAGAUCAGAUACACAUGGAUUGCUCACGUUCAGCAACCAUCAAUCAGUCAUGGACGAUCCAUUUUUGUUGGCAGCCGCCCUCCCCAGCCGAAUCCUUCUCAAUCCUAAACUGCUGAGGUGGGGUCUCUGCUCUCUAGAUGUUUGCUUUCAAAACGCUUUAGUCGGUCGUACUCUGCGGCUUGGGAAGGCGAUGCCGAUACAACGCCGCGGCGGCAUUCACCAGUCGUUUCUUCGAUCUGCGGCGGAAAAGCUUAUAAAUGGCGACUGGGUGCAUAUUUAUCCAGAGGGGCGGAUUCGCCAGGUUGGUAUGGGCUACGCAAAGAGGGGUGUUGGUAAGCUUCUGGCAAUGGCUUUUGAGGCGCGACAAGGGCUACCUCUCAUUGUACCAUUGUAUCACGAAGGAAUUGAAAAAGUCAUGCCCCAAUCACCUGGUACCAACACCCUUGAAAAGCCCGUGCCCCGCGUUGGCAAAAGACUGUUUGUUUUGGCUGGCGAGCCAAUUGAUUUGUCACAUAUAUUCCACCGACUUAUGCCAGACUGUCAAGCAGCAGGAGGAACAAAGACAGACGCUUCCCCAUGCCUCCGUCUGUAUGAGGAGAUCGCGGACUCCAUGGCAAUUACAAUGCGCCUAUUACGGGCUGAGUUACGUCGAAAGGUGCGGUUGGAAGAAGACAUAGAUCUCGGAGAACCAUACGAGUUUUCAUGACCGCUUGUACUCAGGAUUGGGCACCGGUUUUCUCGUCAUCUCUCGCCACGUUUGGAUGCGUAAAGACUGGAAUAUUAUAGUGUAGAACUGCGUCAUUAGUUCGUGAAUCAUAUGACCAUGUUUUGUGUCAUCCCAAUCGUCGA